CACUGGCUGCAACAAUUAUCGAAGAAACGAUAGGUUGAAAUUAAUAACAAAAGAGUGCAAAAGGGAAAACGCAAAAAGUUAUGGGGAACCAAUUGGCUAUACAGAUGAAUAGCGAUGAAGACGACGAUUUUGAUUCUUCGGACAACGAGCUGGGCUUCAACGUGAUCAACUUUACGGUGAACGCCAUGGAUCUGCGCUCCGAUUAUUGCAGCAGCGAGAUGCCAGUUAUACGAGGCAAGCCCGAUCUAGUUAAAUUUCAGAAAACUGAUAUGUACAAGGAGAUCCAGGCGUCGAGUGGAUUAGUGAGCAAUCCGAACAAUCGCUGGAACCUGGUGCACGCCCUUCAGCAGCGUGAGAAUGGGUUGGCAUCGCCGCACAGCGCAUCGUUCUCCAAGAACCAGCAGCGCUACAUAUCCAAUCUUUACAUACCAAACAAAAAGGCCACACGCCUGAUGUCGCUGGAAUCCAAAAUAUUUGUGACCAAGUUCAAUCGUUCGGGCAGCAAGUUGCUGACCGCUUGUCAAGAUGGCUUUGUGCGCAUUUACGAUGGCGCCAAGGGCACUUAUCACCUGCUGAAUCGCAUCCGAGCCCGCGAUGUUGAGUGGAGCAUCAUCGAUGCGGAUUUUAGUCCGAAUGGCGAGCACUUCGCCUACAGCACCUGGUCCCGCUCAUUGUUCAUCAUGCCCGUGAAUGGGGGGGAAGACGACUGCCAGUGGAUCGAUGUCAAUGGACUGCCAAGCCAUAGGUUGGCCAUCUUCUCGCUGCGCUAUUCGCCAACAGGCGACAAAAUCAUCGGGGGCAGCAACAAUUCCACGGUCAUCGUGACCGACAUUCGCACAAGAAACACACAGAUCCUGCGCACCCACCGCAUGCCCGGCAAGGAUGUUAACUCGGUGUGCUUCCUACACGAUAAGGAUCCAAAUGUGAUAAUCGCCGGCUGUGACGACGGCCUGCUAAAGGUCUACGACCUGCGCACCACCUUCCGUUCACGGGACCUGUCCAAGUCUGUGGCAUCCUUCAUCGGCCACUACGAUGGCAUCACCUACAUCGAUUCGCGCAACGACGGCUACCACGUGCUGUCCAACUCCAAAGACCAAAGCAUCAAAAUCUGGGACAUAAGGCAGCCGAGCAAUAUGCGUAAUCGCAGUCGUUCUAGACAGCAAGUCGACCCCACCACAUGGGACUACCGAUGGAACCGCGUUCCGCGGGAAUUUUACAAUCCGCAUAAGCCACUGGAAGGAGACUCCAGCAUAAUGACCUACCGCGGUCACCGAGUUACCAAAACCCUGUUGCGGGCGAAGUUCUCACCCAUGGAGCAGACAGGGCAACGCUACAUUUACACAGGCUGUGCCACCGGACGUAUUAUAAUUUAUGAUGUACUUACUGGUAAGAUUCAAGAGGCUAUUGAAGGACAUAGGACUGUGAUAAGAGAUCUGGACUGGCAUCCGGAUCGCUCAGAAAUCGUGUCUGGCUCGUGGGACACCCAUGUUCACCUGAACAACUUCAGCCGCAGCAACGCCAAUCGUCCGGUAAAGCGAUCACAUAGCUCGGAUCAUGACAAAAAGCCCCUGAGAAGAUCACGACGUUUGGCGAAUCGAAAUGUUACACCGGACUAGUUGUAAGGUUUAGAGUAUAAGCUAGUAAGGUCCCCUUUGAUAUUACAUUUCGUUACAUUCAUUCAUAGUGGCUUGCCUAAGCGACGCACGAGAAUAUUCACCACAGUCGGGCCGGCUGGGAUAAUUGGUUCUAUUAAAUAAGACUGAAGAAUAUGUCACUCACUUGAAAUGUAUAGUUCAGUUUAAUUAGUUAGCGUGUUAUACAAAACAGUACAUUAAAAUGUAAACCAUGAAGCUUACCAACUACCUACUUAAGUUGUUUAUGUACAAAAACAAUCAUAAUAAGAAUCACGUUGAAAUAUAUUUCGUUUGCUCGAUCUAAAUUCCUUGAAA